GACGACACAGAGUCAGAACCCCACGUGAGCCGCCCGCCAAUGAGGUUGGUCCUUUGUCUGCCAAGAUGGCGGUGACGCGGUACCGGCGGUUCUUGAAGCUCUGUGAAGAGUGGCCCAUUGAGGAGACGAAGCGCGGGCGUGAUUUGGGCGCCUUUUUGCGGCAGCGGGUGGUGCUGGCCUUCCGCGAGGGAGAAAACACCCAGAUUUCCGAUCCGGCAACAUGUGAUGAAAUGUUUGAGAGCUUAACCAGAAUCCAUACCAACUAUUAUAAAAACAAGUAUCCACGCUUGAAAGAUACGAACUUUACAGGGGUAACAGUGGAAGAAUGCAAGAUGGCCAUUGCAACAGAGAAUAUAGAUGAAAAGAAGUGGAAAUGGACAAGGUUACGUGAAAAAUUCUCUGCCAGGUUUUCUGAAGAUUCCAAGUAAUGGUUUCUCAUCAUUACCCCAUAUUCCUAAAUCACUGGAUUUUUGGUAGUACAUUAUUUUAAAAUUGGCUUAUAUGCAUUGAUAUUACACCAUCAAAAGAUCAAUUUAGUUUGACAUCAGAACUACUUUAUCUUGGGCAGUGCCUGAGUACUGAUAAAAAGACUUGGUUAUGCUGAAAUGGGCUAAGUCAGCUCCAUUGGUGUAUGGAGGAUAUUAGGAAGUCUAGUUAUAUAUGUAGAACACAGUGAUAUAAUUGCCAUUUUCUGACUAGGUAUUUACACAUGUGAGGGAAAGAGUGAUAUCUGAUAAUGUCUUGUAGUUGAUGUGCUGGAAUAUAAAUGAGUUGUAUUUCAGACCUUUUUUGAAUUCAGAAAAAAUACACUCAUAUGAAUAAAGAUAUUACUCUGGAUAGCC